AGGGUGGAAUCGCAAGAAAACACCAUCAACUCCCUCGCUCGCCAGACGAUCGAGUGCUCGUACUUUAUCCGUGACUACCUGCAGAACAGGAACGGAUGGAAACAAAGUUUUUCGAACGCGUUGUUCACACUUGACGAUAAAAUACUAACGUACGAAGCAAUAUUUGGGGAAAUUGGGAAUGCUAUACGACAGCAGGCCACGAUUGACAUUGGGUUCUGUGUCUCUCGUGUUCAUGAUUCAUUGUAUGACCAUGAUAGUCCGCGAAAACAAGCCUUGACGAUAUGCACUAUGCUUUUGGCGCUUCGAUUGAAUCACAGAGGAUCAGAGAUGCGCCCCCACAAACCGACAUCGUGGAGUCAAUAACUUCAUGGGUCAAUCAAGACGACAAACAGCAGAUUUACCUCUUGCUAGGUCCAAAGGGGUCCGGAAAAUCCACUAUCGCACAUACCAUUGCACGCCAAUUCGACGCCAUUGUGCGUCUUGGUUCGUCGUACUGUUUUUCGCGCACUGCCCGGGACAAGCGAAAUGCUACGAAUUUGUUCAGCACGAUUGCACGGGACCUUGCUGAUUACGACCCUCAAUACAUGAAGGCUCUCUGGGCCACCGUGCGAGGCAAGCGCGCAUUACGUGAAACGAUAAACCCACUUGUUCAAUUCGAUCGCUUUAUUCUUAUUCCUGCGAGUCAAAUGACAUGCAUUGGCCCUGUACUGGUGAUUAUCGACGGGUUGGAACACAGCGGUAGCGAGUCAGCUCGUAAAGACCUCCUCACUACGCUCGCAGAGAAAGGAGCAGAGCUUCCCCGUAAUUUCAGGUUACUAGUCACUUGCCGGCCAGAGGAGGACAUUUGCGCUGCUUUCGCAGGAAAAUCUCAUGUUAUACAGAGGCAUUUGAAACAUCACGCUGACUCACUCUUUGUUCCGCCACCAACAUCAGGGCAAAACCAGCCAAGUAGACCUAGGUUUUACCCUCCUACCCCUCCUCUGUCUAUCCCUGAAUUUACACGAUACGACUCUUCACUUGGGGCUGACUCGCCGACUAGUGACUCCACUCCGAUAUCGGAUCUCUGGAGCAGGGACCAGCGGCCUGAGCCCAGAGCAAAGCUGACAAGCGGUGAUGAUCAUGAUCUACUCUACGGACAGGCCCAAACCUAUGCUACUAUCACGCCUAGUAGCUGGAAAGGCCAAUCUAUCAGACUUGAAGGUCAGUCACCCCAUAUCGCCUGAGUGUUUCUUGUGGUCAUUUCGGUCUACUUACAGUGAUCAGCGGGAAAAAUCUCAAAGUCCCAUCCGAGCGCAUUCCCGCAGGCCUCUACAUAUCUCUCAAUGUUGAACCGGGGAGACGCUGGC